GUCGCCGGGGACUCGUGAGGGAUAUCACGAACCAUGUUCAAGGUUUCGCUUUAUCGCCUGAUACAACCCUGCACCCGAGCCUCAGUGCGUGCUUACCACAUGCUACGUCGUCCACCAACCAACAUUAACAGUCAUCAGUUUGCCACCCGCACUUUUCCCUCCCGCAGCGGUCAUGGGCGGAGGAUGAGGACAAGUUGACAUUCAUCGUGCUUGACCGUAGCUUGGACGACACACCGGGAACUGGGUCACAUGGUGGGGCGAUGGCGGGCGACGUGAACCUUUUCUUCACCCUCGACGAGGAGGAGGGCGGACGGGAUGCGGCGGAGGUCGAGGUGAUGAUUGCGGAGAAGGCCAGUCGGGGCAAGGGCCUGGCGAAGGAGGCGCUGCGGUUGCUAAUGGCGUAUGCCAGCAGGUAUGGCUGCUAUGGUAGCGUCAGCGCGACGCUACCCCCAUUAACGGCGGUGGAAUAUGUGCGCGAAUGCACGCAUCCUAUGCUGUACAGAGAGCUCGGCGUCAAGCGGUACGUUGCCAAGAUUCACGAGGUCAACACCGCUUCACGGCAGCUUUUCGAGGGGCUAGGCUUCGUGGAGUUCAAGAGGGUCCCCGUGUUUGGCGAAAUCCAUUACGAGUUAGUCGUCGAGUCGUCAACCUGGCUGUCUACUACAAGUCUCCAGUACGGGCGCUAUGAUUUGGAGUAAACGCUAGGCAACAUUAUCCGAAAGGGCGGUCGGCGUACAUGCUGUGAUGGUGCUGACAUGAUCGCAGCUGCCGGACAUAUUCCUUUCAAAGUUGGCGAACCCCAAGCCCGAGCUGACUGUAGAUAUGUAAUACUCUCGUUUUGAUUGGAAAAGAUAUAUAUUGUAACGCACAUAAUUCCUGCCAACCAGUAGGCUUCCGCGUUCGCGCGUGCACAAGCAUGCGACCACCACCCGAAAGAGGACAAUUGUAGGAGUAUUUAAGAGAUGGAUAAGCUGACGUCUCGGCCUUCGGGCGGGGGCGGCAAGCUCUGCACCCUGGAUAUGCAGUCAUAUCUUGAGGUUAUGGGGCGUCAGCUUGCUGAGAUCCAGGCGCAGCAUCAGCAGUUUUACGCCUCUCGCCCCGAACGUCACCAUCGGGCUACAGCCUUGCGUAACCAAGAGCAUGGACAAGGCAUGCAGCUUGCGACCUCCGCUUUGUCUGAGUCAAGUGUUUCCAAGCAUUUGGAUGGACAAACACCCGGUGUGUCUGAGGGCCCGGGGCAUAACGUGCAGGGGCACUCCCAGCUACGCACGCCCGCAGGCUGCGACAGCAGUGGGGCGUCUGGCGCAGAUGGUGGUCCUAUCCGCAGCAGCCAGGGUGGGGCACGAAGGCUUCUCAGCUUCCCAGACGACCCAGUUGACCAACCGAACGUUAGCGAUCUAACCCAGUCCGCAGGACGCCGCCUCGCGAACCAAAGCCCCACCUACACGUCCGACUCCUCACCCGUCGGCCCGUACACGGUGUACGAAGUAAGUGGUGGCGGCAGUGCAUCUUGCCUUGCUGGGGGCGCAAUGGGCGUUGAUCAUCCCAUCCACGCGUCUAUCAGCAGCAGCUCUCAGGGCACAUGGCGCAGUUCUGGGCCAGACAACGGCGAUACCAGCACAGCGUCCAAACCAGCUGGGACGCAAGGCACCGCGGACGCCGUUACGCCCUCUACGGCCAGUGGUGCUUCGCCUGCUGUCGCGGCCUAUAGUGCCGCAAGUACUGUUGGCGAGGAGAGUGUUUCCGGCAGUCCAUGCCCCCUUGCUAUCGCCGGUCGAGCGUAUGACGGAAUCGACAGCGAGGAGGAUGAAGAGCUGCUCCUUUCCAGCAUUGACAAUUGCAGCACGGCUGCAGCCAGUGGAACAGCCGCGAUCAGCGCGGCGAAGCAUGGAGGGGGCAGACCCCAGCGUGCAGCUUCUCAGGCAACGCCAGGCGGCAUGAUGGGAGCAUCACGUCCGGCGCUGACUCCAGGCGGGCGCGCGCCGCUGGUGGCCGCAAGCUUGGAAACUGAGGAAGCGCUGCGACUGCUGCUAGGCACCCCACGGUGUGUCGCCGGCGCUUUCAGGGGCAGUGUGGAUGCCGAGGGGCUGGACGUUCCUGACGAUGUUCUGGCGGCCCUUGCCCGCACUGACGGGCACGGACUGGACGCAGUCCUUGGAGCAGCAAAGACUCCCAACUCCCGACCGCCUGGGGCGUCUACACCGGAGGUCCCGUCCUCAUCAGGCCGUUCUAGGGCGCCAGGACAAGGAAACGAUGGCCAGGCGUUGCCGUCAGCGCAUGGUCGGCAUCCAAAGCUGGGGCCCGGCGCCCUCACAGCGGACCCUGUAGCACCACCUGCCGGGCUAGCAGCGCGGGGCUACGAGGCAGGCCUGCGUGGUGGAGGCCACGGGACGAGCCGUGGCUCAGGCGCCACGGGGCUGCCUCCACGGGGCAGUCCUCUCCAGCGCCAGGGUGGGGUACAGCAGGAGGUUUCCGUGAACGCUAGCAUUGAUGUUGGGCAAGUGGACUUGCUUUCCCAGACCAUUGUGGUUGAGGCUGGUGGCUUGUCGGAUGCAGCGCUGCGUGGUUCCGUGGCUUUGGCAGCAGCGGCUAUUGCAGCUCAGCGGGCAGCGGCUCAGCAGCCGGGACCCGUGCUGUACAGCCGCUCUCCGCUUUCUGCACCAGCCGGCACAUGCAGCCACGCCGAUGCCACGGAGGAAGCCAGCGGGGAGGUAGACGGCGGGCAGGCGGUUCGGGCUCUGGCAUCGCCCGGCGGUCUCACCAACGUGAGCCUGGGGCCCUCCACUGCAGGGUACGAUGCGGACAGCAGCCCGGGAUCUGCUCUGCCUGGGCGUGGGCCAGGUCAGGCUGUUGCUAACGCACAGCCCGGACCAGUUGGUCGCGGCGCAGCCGCAUCGCCGUCCGUGGCGUCAGCUGUGCGGCAGGCCGGAGAUGGCGACAUGGUGCUUUACGGCAGUCCCAGUCGCAAGGACAUGAACGCGGAGGCUGUGUCGCCAAUUAGCGUGGCUGCGAGCCCGUACGUGCCUCCCAGUCCCCCACCUGGUGCAGACCCCGCCCCGUACAUGGCCUCGCCAAUUGCGUCGCACCCGGUAAGCCGCCUGCAGCGUAGCAGUCGCGGUCUGGAUGGGAAAGGUGACGCAACGGGUGCUCAUGGUGGUGACGAACCUGAUACCACUGAGUCUCGGUACGGCCUCGGAACUUCCGCCGCCGGCUGCACCAGCAGCUCUAGCAGGCGCCAGUUUACCGGCUCGGCUGGGAACAGCGCUAGCUUCGACUUGUCGUUGACGCAGGCUGCAGCAGUGGGAGUCAGCACCAGCAGCAAGCUGCUGGCUGGUCACGCGUCUCCAGCGCUGGGCGCACCAGCGUCCUUAUCAAGACAGCUGCCCUCUCAUUCUGUAGCUCAGCAGCAAUCCCCUGGAACGGAGCAACAGCAUGGCUUGGAGCAACCUAUGCACAGUUCCUUUUCAGUGGCUGCGCUGUCACCGGCUGGGGUUUCACGCGAGACGUCGCACGCUUGGCGUGUAGACGAGAGGGGACAAUCCGGGCCGCCACAGCCGUUGGAAUUGGGAGCGACGUCUCAGGCUGCGCCGAUUGCGCAGGUUGGUGCUGUGGCACCUAAAGAUGUACCCGACCGGCCCGUCGGGUGGCAUCAGCAACAACCAAUUGCACCCCCCCUUGCGGCUUUCUCACGAGCAGCAGCGUUGGCGGCGGCGGCUGAUGUGGGUUUGCAGGCGCCACCAGCCACCUCCGAGCGUCGAGCGCAGCCUGCUGUGCCGUCAGCGACGCCGCCAGGCGGUACCAGGCGCGUCCGUUCUGCAACGUCAGGAAGUCCUUCCCUUGCCAUGGAGCAGCACCCGCCGCGCACCGUAGCGGGUGAAGCAGUUGGCGGUGAUAACAACAUUGGCAAAGGUCUCCAACGCAGGUUGGGUGGCGCUUGGACGUUGCAUGGGGGUGGGGCUGGACACGACGGCGAAGCACCGCAGGGGCACCUGCAUGCUAGGGAAGGGGGUGCUGCCGCAGCCGAAGAGGUUGCGGGUUCAAAUCAAGGCCCUCUGCGCCCUACACAGCUCAGCCAGAGCCCUGCACCACCCUCGGCCGCCUCUGGCUCGGCAAAGCUUUCUCAGCUCAAGGCCCGGCGGCAACAGCAAUGGCAGUCUCAGCACAGCAUACGUGGCCACGCGUCCGAACAACUGCCGCCAACCACGCUAGGUAUGGCGGCGUCGCGGCAAUCCGACCACGCCGCAUCCGAGGCCCCUCCGCAGGAUCUGGACGCUUGCAGCCAUGACGGCCGCGGGCAGUCCGCGGGUCACCUAAGUCGCUACCACAGUGCCAGCUCAGCCUGGGCGGAGGCUCCUUUGGGACGGCCAGCGGGCGGCAACCCGGAUACCGUCCAGGCACCAGGCACCCACGGUCUGACCCCUCAUCAGGAUCUUCCUCCUCCUCCCAGUGCCGGUGCUGCGCCACUGCUACCAGGCGCCUUGGCUGAAGCCAUAGUGCGCGCGGCCCGCGCUGAUAGCGGUGGUGGGCAGCAGCUGGCCGCCAGUGGUGAGCUCAGCCUGGGGCACGGCAUCUCUGGCCUGUCGGUUGCUAUAGAGGCUGGGCAGGUAAAGUGGGCAUGGCAGACCAACAAGGCCCAUGCGGGGCAGGUAGAUGCCUCGAUGGCCAGCGAGGAGAGCCCCUGGGCCUCGCCCAUUGCUGACAGAGGUGCUGCAGGCCACCCGGAGGCGGGGCUCCCGCCACCGCAGUGGCAGCGGCGCGAGGAGGGCCCUGCGGCAGCGCAUUCAGGCGAGCAUGCGGAAUUCUCCGAGCCCGCUAUGUCCAGCGAGCCGAGGCGAGCGCAGCAGCCGGAGAGCUACGCUGCGCAACGCAGGCAUUCGGAGUACAGCAUGCCGUCUGGCCCGGGGCUCCCGCUGCCCGUCACUGCAGCAGGUGCCCAGCAGCAUAAGCAUGCGGCAAGCAUAGGGGGCUCGCUGACGCAGCAGCCGGAGCAGCAGGACCUGCGCGGCGCUGUCUCUGCUGAUGUUAAUGGCCAGGCGACCAGCAAGGCGGCAGCGCUGUUGCGGCUCAAGCGGCAGAGCAUCAUGCGGCACACCGCCCUCGCCGGAGGCGUUAAAGAGCCAGAUGGUCAAUCCACACCCCGGCCGAUGGAGCAGCAGCGGCCCGGGACCGCAACACAACAACGGCCCGGAACCGCAGCACUGCAACGGCCCGCGACGGCGACACAGCAACGGCCGGCAACCGCAACACAGCAGCGACCCGCGACUGCAACCCAACAGCGGCCUGGAACUGCAUCGCAGCAGCCACCAAAACUGUCGGUACCGGCCUUCGCCAUGCCCGUCACGCAGCAUGAGGAGGGCGCUCCUAGCCGGCGUACGCCCAGAGGUACAGGGCAGCAGCCUGACGAGGGCGAGGCGGAAGGCCACGACAUGGAUGGCCCGCAUGUGCAACCCAAGCCCUUCCUGCGGCGGCGUUCCGCAAAGAUACCGGCGCGCAAGGUGGACUGGUCGCACGUCAAGCCCCGAACAAACAGCAGGAAUCCCGACUACUACGAGCACCCCAGCCCAAGGGGCCAUGAAGUCCCAGCAAAGGCGCACGUAAGCCCACUGCCGUCCCCUCGUGGUGGCGUCGCAAAGCCGCCCCUAAGCGGCCGAGCAUGGAGGCCGGGCGGCAGACAGCCGCAGAGCCCCACCGACGAGGAAAAGGCCGCGGCUGCAAGGCGCCGCGUGAGCAACAUCCCCGCGGCUCCGGGCUACGCGGCUCCACACCAAGCGGCAACUGGGGCAACCGAGGGGACCCGAACUCGUAACGCGAGCGGUGCCGCGCGUGGACCAGGCGGCGGCAUGUCGCCAUUAGACGACCUUCUAGCGCACGUAAAUACCCUGCUGCGCGACUUUGACAAAAUCGUACUAUAGUGCAUUGUGAGCUGACUUGUGUGCAGAUCAUGCAAAACUAUUCUUUGAUGGAUCCUGUGACGCCAAAUGUGUACUUCAGCGCUGUACAGGAGUAGGUUCGCCGUAUCAUAUCUGGUGUCGUAAUUGCUAGCGUCGUACAGCCUCAAUGUCAAGGAUGUGCUGGCAAGGGUCUAGUGUUGUGCCGUUCAUAGAUGUGCUUCUUUUGGCACGGCAAGGUGUUCAUUAGGCUUGCAUGCGCCCUCCUGGCCUGGAUUGUGUGCUCUCCUGGCAGAGCUUAGUGUUGAGGUCGCCACCAUCCCCUGCUGUGCUGUGGGGUUAUACCACUCCCAGUACCCAAAAUUCGUUACAAAUAGCGGUAUUACUCCUGGCGCAAAUAAGCGCCUGUAUCGCAUGUCUUUAAACUUACACACGCGUACAACCACUAAUAAAUCCACUAAGGCACUCGCUUUCGUGCGCAGAA